AUGUUUUCUUCAAGGGCUGUCACGGCAUGUCUGCAGCGUAACGUCGCCCGACAAAAUGCUUCCAGGAUAGCGACUCAAUGUCCGCGAAUGCUUCAGCAAUCCUACUUCAUACAUCCCCGCAUUGCCUCAUCACCAAUCGCUGGUCAACGACGUGCUUUCUCCCUUACAAUUCCCCGUCGAUUGGCAGAUGUGAAGGAUGAUAUUGAUCCAAAAUCGGUGGAGAGGGAGUCCGAUGAGGUCGAUGUAUGUAUAGUUGGAGGAGGACCUUCUGGAUUAAGUGCUGCCAUUCGAUUAAAACAACUUGCAAAUAAAGCGGGAAAUGAAGAUUUUCGAGUGAUACUUUUGGAGAAGGGGAGUGAGAUUGGGGCGCAUAUACUUUCUGGGGCGGUCAUUGAACCUACGGCUGUCAACGAAUUGUUUCCGGAUUGGCUCGCGGAAGACAAUGAGAAUAGAUUUGAAAAUGUUACUCCAGUCUCAGGCGACAAGAUGCGAUUCCUCACGAAGGGUAGUUCGAUUCCAAUACCUGCCCCGCCGCAGAUGAAUAAUCACGGCAAUUAUAUCAUCAGUCUUAAUCAAUUUACAAAAUGGCUUGGGGAUAGAGCAGAGGAGGUUGGGGUUGAAGUAUACCCUGGAUUCGCAGGAGCAGAAGUAUUAUACAGGCCGGACGGGUCUGUUAAAGGUGUCGCCACCAAUGAUUUAGGUAUCUCUCGAAGUGGCAAGCCCAAGGAUAGUUUCGAAAGAGGAAUGGAAUUUAAUUCAAGAAUUACUCUAUUUGCGGAAGGUUGCCAUGGAAGUCUUACGAAGCAAGUUAUCAAGAAAUUCGAUCUCCGCAGAGAUAGUCAACCCCAAACUUAUGGUCUUGGCAUCAAAGAGGUGUGGGAAAUUCAACCGGAAAAGUUUAAGAAGGGCGAAGUUGUUCACUCCCUGGGCUAUCCUCUCGCUGCAGACACUUAUGGUGGUGGGUGGAUGUAUCACUUUGGUGACAACCUAGUCAGUAUCGGACUUGUCGUUGGUCUUGAUUAUCCAAAUCCUUGGAUGUCACCAUAUCAAGAGUUCCAAAAGAUGAAGCAUCAUGCUCUUUACAAGGACGUUCUGGAAGGCGGCAAAUGCAUAUCGUACGGAGCUCGAGCCCUCAACGAAGGAGGUUUCCAAUCGAUACCCAAAUGUGCGUUUCCUGGUGGAGCCUUGAUUGGUGAUACUGCUGGGUUUCUCAACGUACCAAAGAUCAAGGGUAUUCAUACAGCCAUGAAAUCCGGAAUGCUCGCCGCAGAAGCAACAUGGACUGCGUUACAGAAGACUGAUGAGGGUUCUGUUUUCCUAUACGAUUACGAGGACUUACUACGGAAAUCAUCCAUCUGGAAAGAGCUAAAAGCAGUCCGAAAUAUGCGACCAUCAUUCCAUUCUCCUUUGAAGCUAUAUGGUGGUAUUAUGUACUCCGGACUCGAAGCCUUUAUUCUCAAGGGUAAAGUUCCAUGGACGUUGAGUCAUAAAUCUACGGAUGCCGCAGCUACUAAACUUGCCGAUCAAUGUCCGAAGAUUGAAUACGAAAAACCUGAUGGAAAGAUUUCGUUUGAUAUCUUGACUAGUGUUAGCCGUACAGGCACGAAUCACGAGGAGGAUCAACCAGUUCAUUUGCAGGUCAAGGAUUUGGAUAAGCAUGCAGAGGUGGCGUACCCCAAAUACAAGGGUAUUGAGAAUAGAUUCUGUCCGGCUGGUGUGUAUGAAUAUGUUGAGGAUCCAACGAAAGAUAUUGGGGUGAGGUUUCAAAUCAAUGCGCAAAAUUGCAUUCAUUGUAAAACUUGUGAUAUUAAGAUUCCAGAUCAGGAUAUCAAUUGGAGUGUUCCGGAAGGUUCAGGGGGACCCAAAUAUUAUAUGACUUAG